AUGACAGUUCCUGAGUUUACUCUUGGUAUUUGGGUGCUUCUACAGCUGAUUAGUCCUGUGGCUAAUUAUGCAAAUGGAAAAGUAUCAGAGGCCUGUCACACAAUGGUUCCUGGCCAUGGCUAUACUCCACAGUCAGAUCCUAUUCACAAAAUCACAUUGAAUCAGACCAAAUUCAUUCCAGGAGAUACUAUCACAGUUACUCUGUCUGGGCCACGGUUUAAAGGAUUCCUCAUAGAAGCUCGCAAUGCUGAGGAUUUGGAUGGCAGUCCCAUUGGCUCCUUCACUUUGAUUGACAAGGAGGUGUCCCAGCUUCUAACUUGUGAUCACAAAGAGGGUUCAGCUGUCAGUCAUACAAGUUCAUCCAAAAAAACCCAAAUACAGGUCUAUUGGAAUGCACCAAACACUGCUAAUCACUCUGUACAGUUUCUAGCUACUGUUGUUGAGAAGUACAAAAUCUACUGGGUAAAGAUUCCUGGCCUUAUUCUUUACUCAUCAAAUGCACAUCCUUUUACAAUAUCCCAAACUACAACAGUGCCUUCACCAACAUCAAGUCCCAUCACCAAUCUAAAAAAAUCGUUCAGCACAUUGGAUUGUGGGAAAAAAAAGUUCUGUAUUAGGAAUCCUGUGAACUGUGAACCAGGGAAUGAAUACCACUGUUUCUUUCUCUCCUUUGAGAGAGAGAAUCAUUCAGUGCUGAUUGAAAUGAGUGGACCUAAUGAAGGCUACUUAUCCUUUGCAUUGUCUCAUGAUCAAUGGAUGGGUGAUGAUGAUGGAUACAUAUGUAUUCAUGAAGAUGACACUGUGCGUAUACAUCCUUCUCAUGUUAUUGGACGAAGUCACCCUGUGUUGGAUUCUUCGGCUACCCUUGAAGCUAUGGCAUGGAGGCUGGCUGAUGGAGUUAUUCAGUGUUCUUUUAGAAGAAAUAUUAGUCUUCCUGGUUCGAAGAGAUUUGAUCUGGACCAGAAAUAUUACAUAUUUCUAGCAAAUGGAGCCACCAAUGAUGGUCAGAUUUAUAAGCAUUCACAACAACCUCUGAUUACCAGUGAAAAACAUGAUGUGACGGACCAUCCGAAAAAUAUAGGAGGCUCCCGAUCUCCACUCCUCCUGAAGUUUCAUGGUGCAUUCAUGUUUGUGGCCUGGAUGACAACUGGGAGCAUUGGUGUGCUGAUAGCCCGAUUCUUCAAACCUGUGUGGCCCAAGGCCUUCCUCUUUGGUGAAGCAGCCUGGUUUCAGGUGCAUCGGAUUCUCAUGCUCAGCACUUCUGGCCUGACCACUGUUGGCUUUAUACUUCCUUUCAUAUAUAGAAAAGGCUGGAGUCACGAAGCAGGUUAUCAUCCAUACCUUGGCUGUAUAGUGAUGAUAUUAGCAGUUCUUCAGCCGCUUCUAGCAGUUUUCAGGCCCCCAUCACAUGAUCCAAGACGGCAGAUAUUUAACUGGACUCAUUGGGGGACUGGUACUGCUGCUAGGAUAAUAGCAGUGGCAGCAAUAUUCCUGGGCAUGGACUUACCAGGACUCAAUCUACCCUCUCCAGGGAAAACUUAUACAAUGAUUGCAUUUGUAGCUUGGCAUGUUGGUGCUGAGAUUCUUCUUGAGAUACAUGCCUAUCAGCUCACGCGCAAAGUUGAAAUAUUGGAAGAUGAUAGAAUUCAGAUUCUUCAGUCAUUUACAACAGCUGAGGCAGAGGGCCAUGCAUUUAAAAAGGUGGUGUUAGUUAUCUAUUUUUGUGGAAAUGUAGCUUUUCUCUUUAUAUUCCUAUCUACAAUUGGCCGGCAGUGAUCUAGUUUCCAACAGUGCGUGAAUGAAGGCAAACAGAACCUUGGACUUGAGUGAUGAGGAGAUGAUGAAACUCAAAGCCUGUAUUAACUGCCUCCGAUUGUUUCCUGAAAUUUUGGCUUGGAAGAUGAGUGUCAUGUUUAUUAAGGGAUUCUGAGCCAGGAUCACUGAAAAUAAACUUUCAAUAAAGGUUGUCUGGAUAAUAAA